AGGUGUGAGAAUCGCAUCCCUUAAGAAGCGAGGGUCGUUGCACGCCAUUGUAUGAAUUUCUUGCUUUCAAUUCUGUUUCGUUUCAUUUUAUUAGGAGUUUAAGUGCAGCUUGAUUCAGGAAUCCACUGUUACACAGACAACAGUUUUUUAAACAGGUGUUUUAUUUUAAAAGUAAGGACAUGGCAACAGAUUCGUGGGCCCAGGCUGUCGAUGAACAAGAAGCCGCAGCAGAAUCGAUAAGCACCUUGCAAAUAAGUGAAAAAGAGGAUAAGCCGACAGCUGAAGCAAAUGGAGCGAAGACAGAAGCAAAGACAGAAGCGAACGCUGAUAAAACGGAGGAGGAUGAUAAAGAUGACAAGGCAGCACAGUCACUGCUGAAUAAACUGAUCCGCAGUAAUCUAGUCAACACCACCAAUCAAGUCGAAGUCCUCCAGAGGGAUCCGAGCUCACCGCUAUACUCGGUCAAGUCAUUUGAAGAGCUGCGACUGAAACCUCAGCUGUUGCAAGGAGUAUAUGCCAUGGGUUUCAACAGACCCUCCAAAAUCCAGGAGACUGCAUUACCCAUGAUGCUCGCAGAACCUCCACAGAAUCUGAUCGCUCAGUCUCAGUCAGGAACGGGUAAAACUGCUGCUUUCGUGCUGGCCAUGUUAAGUCACGUGGACCCUGAGAACAAAUGGCCUCAGUGUCUGUGUGUGUCCCCCACAUAUGAGCUGGCCCUACAGACUGGCAAGGUCAUUGAGCAGAUGGGGAAACAUUACCCUGAAGUCCAGCUAGUGUACGCCAUCAGAGGAAACAAAUUGGAGCGGGGUACAAAACUCCAGGAACAGAUCGUGAUCGGCACUCCUGGUACUGUUCUGGAUUGGUGCCAAAAGCUGAAAUUCAUUGACCCCAAGAAGAUCAAGGUUUUUGUGUUGGACGAGGCUGAUGUCAUGAUCGCCACACAGGGUCAUCAAGACCAGAGCAUUCGCAUCCAGAGGAUGCUUCCUAAAACUUGCCAGAUGCUGCUAUUCUCUGCCACAUUUGAAGAAACUGUGUGGAAUUUCGCAAAAAGGAUUGUUCCUGACCCAAACAUUAUUAAACUCAAGCGUGAAGAAGAGACUCUAGACACCAUAAAGCAGUAUUACGUCAUCUGCAACAGCAAGGAGGAGAAAUUCCAGGCUUUGUGCAACAUCUACGGAGCCAUUACUAUCGCACAGGCCAUGAUCUUCUGCCACACCAGGAAAACUGCCGGGUGGUUGGCAGGAGAGCUGUCCAGAGAAGGGCACCAGGUGGCGCUGCUGAGCGGAGAGAUGCAGGUGGAGCAGAGAGCAGCGGUCAUUGAACGCUUCCGGGACGGCAAAGAGAAAGUCCUGGUUACCACUAACGUCUGUGCCAGAGGUAUCGACGUGGAGCAAGUCUCGGUGGUUAUAAACUUCGAUCUGCCAGUGGACAAGGAUGGUAACCCUGACAAUGAGACGUAUCUGCACAGAAUCGGGCGUACCGGGCGAUUCGGCAAAAGAGGGCUGGCGAUCAACAUGGUGGACAGCAAGUUUAGCAUGAACAUCCUCAACCGCAUCCAGGAGCACUUCAAUAAAAAAAUUGAGAAACUGGACACGGAUGAUUUGGAUGAAAUCGAGAAGAUCGCCAACUGAGCGUCCGCCUGCGACGUAUACAAUAGGACUGUGCUCACGCUACGUUUUAAUUCAGAGGCUGGAAGCAGAGCUGUGCCAGAGAGGAUGUUUACAUGUCAGUUUUAUCUCAGAUGGUGUUUUUAUAGGGCUUUUAUUUUGUUUCUUUUAAUCGCGUUUCACUCUUUGUACUUAAUAAAUGCUGAAUGUGUAGUCUUAACGUCACGUCUGCGAGAAUCCUGCAGGAGCCGGCUGAGACACUGACAAGGAUAUGCCUUUUCAAGAUUAACCAUUUCAUCAUGCACCUUUUUAAAGCGCCUGCCUUCAUAAAAUAAAAAUCAUGGACUCUUAUAUUGAGUUUUAUCACGGAACUCCAAACCGAGGACGUUUUGUGGAUCAUUGUCUUUCAUUCAAGUGUGUUCGUCGAUAUUGUUCAUCGAUUAAUAGUUGCAUACAAGUGCAUUUUGAUUAUUGUGACACUUCUUAACACGAUCAAUCAAAACGCAGGGUUUUUAACUGUAUUAAAUGAGAUUUGUCCAUUGUUACACAUUUUAAUACCUCAUUACAACCAAAAGUGAAAGUAAGCUCGCUCUUAUUGGCUUUGAAUUCAAGAGAAACCAUCGCCAAAGUCCUGUUAUUAAUCUAAAACCAUGCGAAAGCCAAAGAUUUGUGCCUCCGAUGGAUUCGUUAGUACUUGACUUCUAAAAACAGGUCUCUGUUGGUUUGUUUGUAUUAAUAUUAUCGUCCAUAUUUAACAAGUACAAAGAGUGAAAUGAUUAUGUAUUGAACAGAUGUAGUGUAAUGAAGGUGGAUGAUUUUCUCCAGCAGGUUUGCAGUAACAGACUGCAUUGAAUCGCAAACAAUCAGGUUUAAGUACGCAAAUGAAACCGUAUUUGUCCGCAGAAAAGGCUGUGCUACAUUCCCAUUUUCAGCCGCCUUAAAAACAGGCAGGGUAGCCAUCUCGUAUGAUUACUUUAGAUUAAUUUAGCCACUCUAAACUCAACAGGCACUGCACUCAGCUCCAUUAUAUAUGCAUUAUAGACAUAUUUUAUUCAUUGGUGUGUAUGUAUGUGUGUGUUGUCGCAAGUAUUUCAGUCGCAUCUUUUGAAGGGAAGACUUUCGAGAUUGAUCAAUAUAUCUCCUGAUGCCUUGUCGGUUUAUUUAAAGCUGUCAAUCAUACUUGUUACAAUUAUAUUAAAGAGAAAGGUUUAUUUUUUUGGUUGUACGUAAAAUCUAAACUAAAAUACUAUCUAGAUGAAGCUAAUUGAUCUGGUGCUGCAUCAGAUAAUAAAUGGACUUGUGGAUAUUAUCAAACACAUUCCUGCAUUAUUACACCUCCAUUUUGUUUUUAACGAGCGUAACUAAAAUACCCAUGAUGCUUGAGGACAAUUCAUUGCUGUUUUCACUUCACGUAAUGUCAUGUUCACCUCAAAAUGGUGUUUUUUGUCUAGAUAAUGUUUCGUUUUCAGUGAAAAUGCACUUCGAGCUGACAAAUCAGCCUUCUGAAAUGGAUGCUAAUUUCCUGGAUUUUCACCUCAGUUGAAUGUUGACGACACACACAAAGUAUGUAUCUUGUUAAAAGUGGUUUGUGUUAAGACAGACUCGGAUGUUACAGGAUGAGGGAAUGCUUGCGUAUGGGUCUUGGAGCAGCUCUCAGGUUUGCUGCAUUUGUGCGGAUGUCGGAGUCUGAAUGAUGAGUGGUAGAAUAAACCUAUGAAUCCAA